AUGUCGACCGAAUGGUCCUUGGAUUUCUGCCUAGUCUGUGACCGACAGACCUUAGGCACCCCAUAUUGCUCCCAAACAUGUCGCCUAACGGAGCUGGACGUGACAUCGGAAGAUGGAAUGUCCUCACGAAGGUCGAGUGAAGCAUCUACGCACUGGCCUGAGACCACUCAAGCCCAAGCCCGAGCUGCCGAGCCAGUCAAUGUUUCUGCUGGCACUCACGACUCCUCUCGAACCCUCUCUGCCUCCUCGUCUCAAACUUCGCUUUCUUCCCUGAAGAGUAAUACAUCCAACUCGUCGAAUGUGGCCGAUCGACUCCAGGAUGAAUUGCGUGACUACGCGAGCAGUUUUGAUCAAGUCCGCGAUCUGAAACGGCGCAUGACGACCACUUAG